AUGUCCUACAAUUGCUGCUCUGGGAACUUCUCCUCCCGCUCCCUUGGAGGCUACCUGCGCUACCCAGGCUCCCCCUGUGGCUCUUCCUACCCCAGCAACCUGGUCUACAGCACUGACCGCUGCUCCCCCAGCACCAGCCAGCUGGGCUCCUCUCUCUACAGUGACUGUCAGGAGACCUGCUGUGAGCCCACCAGCUGCCAGACGUCCUGUGUGGUGUCCAGACCCUGCCAGAUGUCCUGCUACCACCCAAGGACCUCCACGCUUUGCAUUGCCUCCCCACCAACUUACACAGGGUCUCUGGGCUGUGGGUCCAGCAGCAGCUGCUCCCUGGGCUAUGGAUCCAGGAGCUGCUACUCCAGUGGUUCCAGUGGGUUCAGAACCCUGAGUUAUGGAGUCUGCGGCUUCUCUUCUCGGGGGUAUAGAUCCAGAUUCUGUCACUCAGCCUACUUGGCUUCUAGGAGCUCCCAAACUUCUUGUUAUCGACCAACUUCUUGUUAUCUACCACCAAUCAACUUGUUAAAGGUUCCUGUGACUUCACAGUUGUCUCCCUCAAAGUCAAUGCCAGCUAUUAUCUGGCAAGACUCUAUACUACCUAGAAGAGAGACAAUUAAAUAA